AUGCCUUCAUCCAAACAUUUCAUCAACAGUCCAUACAAACAUUACAUCAACAGUCCAUACAGACAUUUCAUCAACAGCUCAUCCAAACAUUACAUCAACAGUCCAUACAAACAUUACAUCAACAGCUCAUCUAAACAUUUCAUCAACAGCUCAUCCAAACAUUACAUCAACAGCUCAUCCAAACAUUUCAUCAACAGUCCAUACAAACAUUUCAUCAACAGCUCAUCCAAACAUUACAUCAACAGCUCAUCCAAACAUUUCAUCAACAGUCCAUACAAACAUUUCAUCAACAGUCCAUACAAACAUUACAUCAACAGUCCAUACAGACAUUUCAUCAACAGCUCAUCCAAACAUUACAUCAACAGUCCAUACAAACAUUUCAUCAACAGUCCAUACAAACAUUACAUCAACAGUCCAUACAAACAUUUCAUCAACAGCUCAUCCAAACAUUACAUCAACAGCUCAUCCAAACAUUUCAUCAACAGCUCAUCCAAACAUUACAUCAACAGCUCAUCCAAACAUUUCAUCAACAGUCCAUACAAACAUUUCAUCAACAGUCCAUACAAACAUUACAUCAACAGUCCAUACAAACAUUUCAUCAACAGUCCAUACAGACAUUUCAUCCACAGCUCAUCCAAACAUUACAUCAACAGUCCAUCCAAACAUUACAUCAACAGUCCAUACAAACAUUACAUCAACAGCUCAUCCAAACAUUUCAUCAACAGCUCAUCCAAACAUUACAUCAACAGUCCAUACAAACAUUACAUCAACAGUCCAUACAAACAUUUCAUCAACAGUCCAUACAAACAUUUCAUCAACAGCUCAUCCAAACAUUACAUCAACAGCUCAUCCAAACAUUUCAUCAACAGUCCAUACAAACAUUUCAUCAACAGUCCAUACAAACAUUACAUCAACAGUCCAUACAAACAUUUCAUCAACAGUCCAUACAGACAUUUCAUCCACAGCUCAUCCAAACAUUACAUCAACAGUCCAUCCAAACAUUACAUCAACAGUCCAUACAAACAUUACAUCAACAGCUCAUCCAAACAUUUCAUCAACAGCUCAUCCAAACAUUACAUCAACAGUCCAUACAAACAUUACAUCAACAGUCCAUACAAACAUUUCAUCAACAGUCCAUACAAACAUUUCAUCAACAGCUCAUCCAAACAUUACAUCAACAGCUCAUCCAAACAUUUCAUCAACAGCUCAUCCAAACAUUACAUCAACAGCUCAUCCAAACAUUUCAUCAACAGUCCAUACAAACAUUUCAUCAACAGUCCAUACAAACAUUACAUCAACAGUCCAUACAAACAUUUCAUCAACAGUCCAUACAGACAUUUCAUCCACAGCUCAUCCAAACAUUACAUCAACAGUCCAUCCAAACAUUACAUCAACAGUCCAUACAAACAUUACAUCAACAGCUCAUCCAAACAUUUCAUCAACAGCUCAUCCAAACAUUACAUCAACAGUCCAUACAAACAUUACAUCAACAGUCCAUACAAACAUUUCAUCAACAGUCCAUACAGACAUUUCAUCAACAGCUCAUCCAAACAUUACAUCAACAGCUCAUCCAAGCAUUUCAUUAACAGUCCAUACAAACAUUUCAUCAACAGUCCAUCCAAACAUUUCAUCAACAGUUCAUACAGAUAUUACAUCAACAGCUCAUCCAAACGUUACAUCAACAUUCUGUGA